AUGGUGGGGCGCGGAGACAGCGAAGUGCAGAGCGGCAGGAACCUCGUUCCGCUCUCCUUCGCGCAGCUGUCUCGCCUACCCACAGACUCAAGCUCCGCGAAGGACGAUGCCCCAGUCGCCCGCGGACCUCCACCAUCUGUUGCGACGCGCCAGGUUUCCUCUCUGCGUCAUCCUUUCCCUUCUUCCGUCCCCCGGUCGGCGACAAACGUAGCUGUCCUGGAGCCGGCCGGGGCUUCAGCUGGCCGGUGUUCUGCGUCACAUGCAUCCACAGGGGCGCCUGCGGCCAAGAGUCCUGGAGUCUCCUCAGACUUUCCUUCUCUCCUCUGUGAGCACAAGGUGGCCAGAGCAGUCCCCAACUUCACAGAGCCUCAAGGGUUCCCGGACGCGAGUCCGAGUCACGGGUCUCUCGGCUUCCUUGUUGCGGCAACCGGCUACAGGUAUCUCCUCGGAGGCACCCUCGUCUACCACGACGCGUGCCGCACGGUUCUCCGUCCUUCAAAGAGAAAAGCCGGUUCCCCGAGCGCGGCCCGACUGUCUCCUCUUCCACGCCUCGAAGAGACAGAAGCGUCUGCGCCACCGUGGUCUCCGGCCCACCCUCUUGAGCUUCUCCGGGAGAGUCAGGAACCGGGGGACGCUCCGCGAUCGUCGAAAGAAGCGAACGAGGCGUCUGUGUCGCUGUUGAAAAAAGAUCCAGCAGGAUGGCCCAGACCGGGCUCCGGCUGCUGCUGCUGUCGCGGAUGUCCCCGAGGUGCGUCAAAGCACUUGCGUGCUGCGAAACGAAGUGAGAGGGCGUCGCCCGAGGCGUACCGUCCUCGCUCCGGCGGGUCUUCUUCUGGAGCGGAAGCGCCUCCGCAGAAAGCCGAAAGUGUCUCCACAGGGGCGCCGUUUGCGACCGGCCGGACUGCCGCCCAACCGCCCGGCUCCGAGCCGGCGGGUCUCGCCUCCCCUAGUGCGUCUGGGCGGAGGCGCCAGCGUCUCGCCGCGGGAGCGAGGCCUCCAGACCAGGGCUGGAAGUCAGCGUUCAAGCGGAGCUCGAGGCGAGGAGCGCGAGGCUCCAGCCCCGCGUCAGAGAGGGAGACGCACUCCCCUUCCGAAUGCCGAUGCUGCGCAAACGCAGCUAGUCUGGUGCCGCGCUACGGCCGGCGUGGCCCGAGCGCCGCGGUGCCGGCUCCGGGGCCUUCUGGCGCGACCGCGGGUUCGCGUGUCGCCUCAGAAACCCGAGGCCCAGCCGGGCGGUCUCCGACCAAACCGAAAAGCUGCUCGGAGCGGCGCUGCUGUCUGUGCUGCUACACCAGCAGUGCGACGCGUGAGUUUCUGAAUCUUUUGCCACCCGAGGCGAGGCCGAAGUCGCCUCAAGACCGACCUCUCAGCCUCCCCAAGCAUGCAGAGCCGUGGCGACCGUCCCACGUGUCGCUGGAGCACGAAGGGCGCGGCGGCGCAGAGGGUGACGGCGCCGAGAGCGACGCAGGUUCUCGAGGACAAGUACCUUUGCGAGGCAUGUGCAUGCACGACGUGGUGAUGGUCCCCCCGGACUCGCUUGUCUUCGAUUCGCGAUUCGAGAGCGGGAACUUGAAACUCGCCGUCCAGAACGCGCACCAGAAGGAAGAGUAUCUGCUCCUUCUGCGGUCAGACGCCCUCGCCGGAACAAUCAAAACAGGCUGGUUUCUCUUCUCGGUGGCGAUGCAGCCUCACCACAAUGAACGACUUCCCUUCACAGCCACGUUUAAGAUCGUGAACCUGGUGAAGACGGAUUCUCUCUUCUGUCACGGGAUGCGCCCGCUGACUUUCUCGGUGGCUGAGCAGCGCGAAACUGGAGCCGCAGUCUGGCGGCGCACCAGCGAGAGUGUCAAGUAUUACCGAAAUCGAUACACGCAAGGCGCGGAGAUCGCUGGUGCGAACCCUUCGCUCGCGUCUCCGUGCCAUGGAAAACGCGGAACUUCCCCCUGGCCGCCUAGCUGCGCAGGUCCGGAUGGCCAGGGAUCCACAGCCGUCCCGGGUGUCUCGGCAGCGCAAGCAGUUUGCGGAGAGACGGCGGACCGAGCGCUGUCUUCCCCGAUCUCCGGCACAGGAGCCCAAAUGGACGCAGGCGCCAGCGGGGGAGGCUUGGCGAACAAGAGAUACUGCACCAUGGAGAUCUCCUUCACCUUCAAGCGGCCAAACGAUACAGUCUACUUCGCAUCGGGGUGUACGUACACCUACUCCCACCUCCUCGACGUGCUCCACUGCAUCGAGAGCCAACCCGCAGCCGCCAGGCUGUGUCGUCAGGACGCUCUGUGUGCUACUCCAGGAGGGCUUGUUUGCCCAGUGCUCUGCAUCACAAAUCCCCUUCCACAUUCAUCUUCUCCAUUUCCUUCCUCUUCUUCCUCACCUUCUUCUUCCUCUUCUUCCUCGCCUUCUUCUUCCUCUUCUUCCUUCUCUUCUUCCCCUUCUUCGUUUUCUCUUGGCUGUGGCGGUGGUGUCGAUCUCUGCCCUCUGCUUGAGGGCCCUCCUGGGGCGGCGUCGCCUGCGACGUGUCGAUCUGAACCCGCAAACCCUGCGCAGAAAGGCGAAAAACGCCACACGAGAAGGCGGUGGAAGGCUCUCGAGGCCUCCAGUCUUCCUCUCGCCUUUGACAGUCGCAAAUUGGGGCUAGACUACGAAGUCGCUGCGGCGCUUCUUGACCGACCGCGUUCCUCGCCCCGUCGGCGCGGAGCCUGCGAGAGCCUCCAGCCAGCAGCCGUCAAGCGAGAGGAUGCAAUCGCCUCUCAGGCCGAUGGCCCUCAACCGGAGACUGAUCGAGGGACAGCAGAGACACAAGAGACAGCAGAGACACAAGAGACAGAGAGAGAGAGCGAAGCGGCAGAUCCGUCUGCUCGGCCAUUGCGCUCGAGGUGUUCUCUCUUGCAGUGGUUCUCACCUUCACCGCCGCCGCAUGAGCACCAGGCGAAGACGCCCGACUGCUUUCCCUGUGUGUCGGCGACGCGCCCUGGGUCAGGUCCGCUCUCGGAGAGUCUCUGGCCUCGGGGAUACGCUUGCGCUGUCUGUCGAUCUCGACACAAAGGCGAACUGUUGUUCGAUUCUGCGAGCGGCGAGUUGGCGACGCGCCGUCCAGGAGGUGCACAGGGAGGACGAACGUGCGGCGGAGGAGCGGAAGAUGGCCACGGGAGCAGCCAAGUGAAUCGGCACGACUGCAAGAAGCUGGACGAGACGGAGAGGGGGGAGACGGAGAGGGGGGAGAGCGACUCGGGAGGGGACAGGCAAGUGUGUGAAAACGCCAGGGGAAGGGAACUGCGAAGGACAAGCUUGGAUUCUAGCUGUCAACCUCGCGCAGAGGGGAAACAGGGAGGAAGCGAAACCGAUCGAAUCACGGCGCCGCUCGGAGGCGACGCGACUGGGGGCUCGACUUCACGCAUACUUCUUCCGAAAAAGGCGAGAUCUUCAUCUUCGUUGCCGUGUCCUCAUCGCACCUCAGUGUCUACACCUUCUCGUUCGUCCGAUCCCCGUCUACACGUAUCCAGUCCUUCACCUCUCCGUCUGGUUAAGCCUCGCGCGUCGUCCUCCCCCUCCCCUUCGUCCUCUUCCUCUUCUUCCUCUUCUUCCUCUUCUUCCUCUUGUGUUGCUUUGUCUCCGCCUGUGCGUCGUUUCGCGUGGGGUGGUGACCUCGCUGGCGCUUCGCGGGAUCCUUCCUCGCCGACGAAAGAGUCUGUUGUUUCCCUUCGCGCCUCUUCUCUCGGGCCUCGACAAGCGUGCGCGUCGUGCCGGCCUCCGGUGCCGCCUCUCGAGCGGCCCGUCCUGUUUCUCUCUGCGCGUGUGCACCCCGGGGAGACGAGCGCUAGCUGGGUGAUGCAGGGGCUUCUGGCGUUUCUCCUCGCCCCCGUGGAGCCUCGCGCGGUCGCGCUCCGCGAUCACUUUCGGAUUUUCGUGGUUCCGAUGCUGAAUGUCGACGGCGUCGUGCGCGGGAACAGUCGGUGCGCUCUCUGCGGGCACGAUCUGAACCGCGUGUGGCGCGAACCCGACCUGCAGCUCCACCCUGCGAUCUUCUGCUCAAAGGCGCUCCUCCACCAAGCUCAACUCGAGAGCCGCGCCCUCCUCUUCCUCGACUUGCAUGCGCACUCGACCAAACUCGACGUCUUCAUGUACUGCAACGCCGAGCAGCAGCCGAUGACAGCCGCUUCCUCCUCGAGACUUACCGGCGGCCUGCUGCCUUCCCUCCUCGAGGCGAGGUGUCCUUGGUUUUGCAGAUCCGAGUCUUCGUUUCGAGUGGAGAAGUCGAAGGAGGGCGCUGGCCGAGUUGUCUGUGGCCGUGACCUCGGCAUCGUCUGUAGCUACACCCUGGAGGCUUCGCUCUUUGGACCCGCGGUUCUGCCGACGUGGCCGCGCUCGCCGGAUUCGCCUGCGCCGCCCUCAGACAGUCCACGUCCCUCCCCAAACUGUGCACUUGGACAGUCUUCGUCUGCGUCCACUUCUCUGGUUUCUUCUUCCUCCGCUUCGGGCCUCUCUGGGGUGUCGCCUGCUUCGAGUGUCCCUGCGCAGAAGCCCGAUCCUCGGAUGCGGCGCGACGCCUCGCACUCUGUGUCUUCGCCGCUCCGCGAGGUAUGCUCGGCGGAACUUGGCGCCUCCCAGAGACGGAGUGCGCCGCCAGGAGCGCCUGCCUCCGCUUCGCCCCGCGUCUCCACCGGCGCUCCUCGGGAGAAGCGGUCGAAGCCGGAAGGCCCGCGAGGAGCUGGGCGAGUCCGCGAUGCAGGAUCUGUCUCAGCAGGCGUGCGUCCGAGGGGACUUCCAUCCCAGGACAGGCGAGAGCAGGCGGGGUGUUCCGGACAAAGCAGCGGAGAGGCGACAGAACCGCUGGGGGACAGAGGUGCCAAGAGACGAAGCGAACGAGACAGCCGACCUGUUCCGGCCGGUAAAGGAGAGACAGGCGCUUUCUUCGCAUCCGGGAGAAAACGAAAGGAAGGGGAGAAACGGUCCUCUGCGGCAGGCAGUCCAGGAGACAAAGAGAGAGCCGCGUCCUUUUCGGCGGUCGAGAUGCCUGCUGCCUCGACGAGGAACCGCGCCCAACGGGAACCUAGCACGGCCGCAGGAGACGUGCCCGCGACUCAAAGCUUUGCCUCGGCGGCGGCCGGCAGGAAAGCGCAGGCCUCCUCUCGAGAGACGUCUGCGGCCCCGCCACGCGCAACGUCCCUGCCGUCCGAACCCAACGCGAGAGAAAGUGACGGCGUUUUGCAAAGCGUCUCAACGGGGGCCUCCGUGUGUCCCGGCCCAGGUGUACGUCCACCUCGGUCGGGCGUGUCGGCUCUGAGUUCAGGUGUAUGUACACCCGGGAGCGCGCCUGGCGCCCUCCUCGGGGACGAGCCGGGAGGUGUCCCGACAGCCGGGGGCGCAGGAAGCAGUUCGUCGUCCACGGGGGUUUCUGGAGUCGGAGGACGAACGGCAGCUCGCCACUUCGAUCCGAACGACUUGCAACUCACUGGCUAUCUCCUCGGGCUCGCUCUGCACGACUGGUUCUCCGCGAUCGAAACGGACGCUCCACAUUUGCUGCUGCCUCCCGAGAAAGCGCGUCUUGGGGCCGUCGACGCGGCGACCCAGACCUCGCCCCUGGCCUCUGACGAAGAAGCCUUCGCAUGUUCGCGAGCAGGCGCAACGCGAGAAGGGAAAAAGAGGAGAGAGCGAGGGCGAGGCGCGGCGAGGACGCGGCCUGCCUCCAAGCGCCACGGAAGCGGGGCAAAGGGUGGAUCUGGAGACAGAGGAGACGCUCGAGGCCGGUCAGGCGACGCCUCUCUCGAGGUCGAAGGAAACGAGGGCCUCGUGUCUUCUCAGCGGCCAGCCGAGCUGACAGCGCGAGAAGCGAAAAGUGGAGAACAGGACACAAAGUCCGAACGAGGUGAAUCUUGCGUGUCGCGAAUCCCGGACACCUCAAAUCCGUUCUCGUUCUCUCCGAGAAAAGCUCCGGUCAAGGCGUCUGGGCCUCUCACGUGUCCCCAGGAUGACGCGGAGACGGACAAGAACAUCACGGAGAGCUUAAGGUUGUUCACUCUCUCAAAGCCCCUGUCUCGGGAAGAGCACGAGGCGGCGUCCCAGCCCCGUCCAUCUGCGUUCUCUUACGGAUCCGUUCCGCCUUUUCGGUCCUGUUCCGCUUCGUUUUCUCCCUCUCCUCUUUCUGCUCGGGUUCCUGCGUCCUCGCUCUCUCCCAGUGGGCGCCGAGAGCUGGACGCGCCUUCUCUCCCGGGGUCUCCUCUCCGUCCAACGAAAAGCGCUCGGCCGCCAGAAGGCGUUUCCCUCUCAUGCGACCCGGGAGGAGCGGCGCGCCUUCCCUGCGGACGCGCAGACGCAAGCCUGCCUCUCGUUCUCUCCUUCCGCCGCAACUCUCCCAGAAACCCAGGCACCGAGGCCUUCGCCUGGCGGUCCCGUCUCUCUCUCUCUCUCGCCCCACGCCGCGUCUGUUCGUCGGGCGCCGAGCGGACUUCCCUCACCCCACACGCUCCCCAAGGCCCCGCCAGGUGGCGUCGAAGUGCAGCCUCCUCACAGACACUCCAUGGGCGCUGGAGCGAUACCAGGGCGGUCCCAGAACGCGAUGCUUCUCCUUCGAGGAGCGGAAGGCGCCGCGGUGCUGCGACUGGAGAGAGGGCCGGCGACGCGAACGCCCAGAAAGCAUGCGGAGAAAACCCCAGCCCAGCAGACCGCUCGGCGGCCUCGGCUUCUGGCGACUGUGCGGCGGGACCCGAACCCCGCGCCCCGCGAGCUGGCGGGGAGCGAGGCGAAGAAGCUUCGACGCCCCAACCCGCUUCACGGUCGGCGCUGUGUCGCCCUCCGAGUGUGCAAGUCAGCGAGAAAACGGGCUGUUCUUUGCUCGCCUCAGGAGCAAGAGGCGAGCCUGCGUCGCGGUGCGCAGGCGGACAGGGGACACGCGCGGCGGCUUCCCGUCGCCGCCGAACCAGCCUGCACCAACAGCUUUUUCAACGCCCCUACGCGUGCGGGUCGCCCAACCAUGCAAAAGAAGAAGAGGUUGGGAAUGCGCAGACGAGGCGGAUGGACGGGCGAGCUCCACGAUGCGUCGCAAGCGACGGAAUGGCGACACUGCGAACGCGCGAAGCCAGCGGAUGCAAACGAAGCGAAAAGAGCGAGAAGAUCGAGAAGCAGGCUUUUUCGUCUUGCAGCACUUUGACUGGAGGCGAAUGGGAUGUGGCGUCGGAAGGGCCGUGGGUGGCGGCUUUUUCUCGUGCAGGCGUUUUCUCGGAAACAGGGGCGAUCGCGCAUCCCGAGACAAAGGGGGAUUCUGACCAACGAGACGCGGUUGCGAUGCCACAUAUCGCCCACGGUUUCGGCACGCCCACGGCGUUUGUCUCUCCCUGCUCGCCUGCCAAGCCUGACAGUUCCUUCUCGUUCCCUGCUUCCUCGCCUUCGACGGCCUCGCUCUCUCCCGCGGCUCCGUUUCCGCCCAGCGCGAAGCGCCUUCCUCGCGGACGCGACGGAGUGAAACGCGUCUCCAGAGGAGAGGGAGAAGACAAGGAACGGAAAGAGAGUGAGCCGAGAGAAGGGAAAUGGGUUCGAGACAAAGCCGAGAAAGACAGCGUAGGGCGGUUUUCGCGGAAUCGGUAUCUCCUCACGGGUCUUGCGUCGCCCGACCCAUCCCGAUUCGUCCGAGAGCGACAACAGAGCGAGGUGAGGGGAACGGUCGCGCUUCUUGCCGAAGGCUCUUCGCUGAUUGUCGCGCCGUCCGCGCUCAGCGCGAAAACUCCCCUCGCCCCAAUUGCGGCGCCGGGGAGCAGAAAGGGAGACACCUUUAGGCUCCAGGCCCGAGCCGGUGCGCGAGGCGCACCCCGCAGGCGAGAGUCGGCAACGGUUUCCAGUCUGGCGAUCCAAGAGACAGAAAGGAGACGCCCCGUUUUUUCUCCUCCGUCGGGGGAGGGCGAGAGCAAAAGGCAGGACGAGAGCAUCCUCGCGAAGGGGAGGGGGCUACUCGAGGCAGUGCGGUGUGUAGGUGACCAAACCUCGCCCUCCGCCACCGAAUGGAGACUGGAAAGGUGA